CACACACACACACACACACACACACACACACACACACUGAUAACUGAGUGUUAACAUUUUCAGGAGUGGAAAUCAGCUGUGCGAUCGUGGGUCCGGACUACGUGACAGUGGGAGUGCCAAGCAGCGUUCAGUGUCUUUCCAACUGCAAGGCAUGCACCUUCUCCAUGUCUGUGGACAAUCAGAGGGCCCAGGGCCAGGCCAGCGUGCUGGCCUUCACUGUGAGCAGUUGGGUGGGGGUCCUAACGGUCACAUGCACCGCAGCAGAAGACGGGAGAGGGGGGUCUGCCAACGCAACCAAGAUACUGCAAGUGUUAGAAGGACCGGCCAAUGUUUCCAUCACAGGCCCCAGUUGGCUGCACCCAUCGGUGAGCCACACCUACAGCUGCAAUGCCCGGUGUCGGCCAUCUUGUACGUAUGCCUGGAAGACAGAUGUAGGCCCGUGGAUAGGUGGGCAAGGAAAUGUACUUUCUAUCACUCCUCAGGAGAUGGACAAGUCCAAAACUCUUGUCUGCAAAGCCACCAACAGUGUGUCUGGGCUUUUCGUCGCUGCUAUCCAAAACAUAACGGUUACAUAUGGUCCCUCGGAGAUUCAGAUCAUCGGUCCAGACGUGAUAUUUAUUUCAGAGAAGCAGCAGUUUGUGUGCUCUGCUGAAUGCCUGCCUUCCUGCCGCUACUUGUCGUCUGUCAACAGUCAGACUGUGAGGGGCAAUGUGAUGGAGGUGACCGUGGAUCAUCCCCUCAAAUCUGUCACUCUCAAGUGUGAGGCGCAAAACACGGCUUCAAGGAAGAAAGCUACAGUCACAAAAACUAUACACAUAUCAGGGUCGUUCCGCAGCCUGUCCUCUCGUCCUGAGGAGAGCUCUGUGCUGCUGGCCUUCAUCCUCUCUGCUGCGCACACUGUGACCGCACUGCACUAUGGGAGCUCACUGCUAUAGCAAUUGACAAUUAUCCAAGCAACCAAGGACAUUUUUGAAUGUUUUACAUUUUGAAAUGCUUUUCAUAACCCUUCUGUCGUGUUCUGGCCCAAUUUGACCGAUAUUCUACUUUCAUCAAUCAUAAAUAUUGUGUUUUACAUUUGAUCUCUUCAAGGCCUAUUGAUAUCCUCCACAGUGGUAUUUGAGGAUAUAAAGUUGCUGAUCACCACUUCCAUUGCAUUUUAAGGUUUUACUCAACUUUAUAACAAGUUGGCCGCCAUAGGAAAUAAAUGGGUAACUCUAAAUUAUAUUCAUCCAUCAGGUAGUACACACACACACACACACACACACGCACACACACGCACACGCACACGCACACACACACACACACACACACAC